UUGUCCUCAUCUUCCUCCCUGCACCAGCAUUUAAGCAUGUCUGGCUCUGCCAACAGCAGUUAUCUAUAACAGAGUUUAUUAGCAGAAUCGACCCUUGUGUUUUUCUAUAAAGGGGAGGGUUGGCCUUAAUUUUUCUUAUUCCAAGUGAUCAUUUCCUUCCAUAUAUGAAGAGUUUAAAUUUCUGAGGGGCUUUUGGGAGAUAAUAUGGAGAUAGAGAUGAGUCAUCCUGGUCCGAGUAGUAAUGGUGGUGGAGACGUGGAGAAGGGCGGUGGCGGAGUGGUGGCUGGUGCAGCAUAUUUGGCAUGGGAGGAUUUAACGGUGGUGCUGCCAAAUUUUGGGAAUGGACCAACUAAAAGGUUGCUUAAUGAGAUAACUGGUUAUGCUCUUCCUGGAAGAAUCAUGGCUGUUAUGGGUGCUUCUGGCUCUGGCAAGUCCACAUUUCUUGACUCCUUAGCAGGUAGACUCUCAGGAAAUGUUAUCAUGACUGGCAAUGUUCUUCUAAAUGGAAGGAAAAAGAGACUCAACUAUGGUGGUGUUGCUUAUGUAACUCAAGAAGAUUUAUUCUUGGGGACACUCACAGUUAGAGAGACCAUCACAUACUCAGCACAAUUGAGGCUUCCAAGCAACAUAACCAAAGAUGAAGCAAAUGAAAUUAUCGAAAACACAAUAACUGAAAUGGGACUUCAAGAAUGUGCUGAUCAGAUGAUAGGAAACUGGCAUGUUCGAGGCAUAAGUGGUGGGGAGAAGAAGAGGCUGAGCAUAGCGGUCGAGAUACUCACACAACCCAGGAUUCUGUUCCUGGACGAACCCACAAGUGGCCUUGACAGCGCCUCGUCCUUUUUUAUCGUUCAAGCUCUCAAGCACGUUGCAUGUAUUGGUCGAACAAUUGUGGCUUCCAUUCACCAACCGAGUAGUGAAGUCUUUGCUCUAUUUGAUGAUCUUUUACUGCUAUCCAGUGGAGAAACAAUUUACUUUGGAGAAGCAAAAAUGGCAAUAGAGUUCUUUGCAGAUUCAGGAUAUCCUUGUCCAAGCAGAAGAAAUCCGUCGGAUCAUUUUCUUCGUUGCAUAAAUUCAGAUUUCGAUAAUGGUUUUAAGAAUUUUUCUGGUCCUUCCAUUAAUUUAACAACAGAAGAAAUUCGAGCAAGGCUUCUUCAGAAAUACAAAUGCUCAAACUAUGCAGCUCGAGCACGAGCUAGAAUUCAAGAAAUCUCGACUUAUACUGAAGGAUUUGAAAUUGAAAAGACUAGAGGGAGCCAAGCAACAACGUGGAAGCAACUUUCAACAUUGACAAUGAGAUCUUCCACAAACAUGUCUAGAGAUUUUGGAUAUUACUGGCUAAGAAUCAUAGUAUACAUUGUAGUAUCAAUCUGUGUUGGUUCUGUCUUUCAUGAUGUUGGAACUGAUUAUCACGCGAUUCUAGCAAGAGGGGCUUGCGGUGGAUUCAUAUCGGGUUUUAUGACAUUUAUGUCCAUCGGAGGGUUCCCAUCAUUCAUCGAAGAAAUGAAGAUUUUUUCCAAAGAAAGGCUCAAUGGGCAUUAUGGUGUCGGGGUGUACAACCUUUCUAACUUCAUAUCUUCAUUUCCAUUCUUGGUCAUGAUGUCAUUUAGUUCAGCAUCUAUCACUUAUUUCAUUGCAAAGUUUCAUCCUGGCCUAUCGCACUUCACAUUCGCCACCCUCGACCUUUUAAUCUCCAUAGCCGUGGUCGAGAGCUCCAUGUUGGUUGUGGCUUCAGUUGUUCCUAAUUUCUUGAUGGGGGUCAUAAUCGGGGCAGGUUUCAUCGGUAUAAUGAUGGUUACAGCCGGUUUUUUCCGACUCCCCAAUGAUCUCCCAAAGCCAUUUUGGAGAUAUCCAAUUUCAUACAUCAAUUACAUGGCUUGGGCUUUACAGGGAGCAUACAAAAAUGACAUGAUCGGGAUCGAGUUUGAACCAAUGGAGGCAGGAGGACCAAAGCUGAAGGGAGAAUAUGUCCUCACUUCUAUGAUAGGCAUUUCACUAAAACACUCCAAAUGGUGGGACUUAGCUGUGGUUACAGCCAUUCUUUUAGCGAACAGAUUUCUAUUCUUCACCAUUCUCAAGUUGAAGGAGAAGGCUGUACCGAAACUACGAACAAUUUAUGCAGAGAGAACUCUACACCAUCUAAAGAAGAGGCCUUCUUUCAGAAAAACACCUCCUUUCCAUUCAAAGAGGCAGCACGUUGUUCAUUCUUUAUCUUCUCAAGAGGGUCUUAACUCUCCUUUACAUUGAAAGUACACGCACAUUUUCGGGUCCUUUUUUUCUGUCUUUACGUAAUUUAGAUUUUUCCCUUUCGACGUCUUUAUUAAGCUUUUGAAUUGAUAUAAUGUUUCAAUGAGUGUCAACUUGUAUGAAUUUUCUUAGCAAGUAAUACAUAUAUAUGUAACAUGACUA